UCGGCCAUCUUGGACAUGUAGACAGAAUCGAGCGUGGUUACAACUGAGGGGAAAAAGUUCCUUACCCGUACAUCUGUCGACUCAAAGAAAAUGUCAGGAGACGACGACCAGCAAGAGCAGACCAUCGCCGACGACCUGGUCGUCACCAAGUACAAAAUGGGCGCUGACAUAGCGAACAUGGCUAUGCGAGCUCUCAUAGAGACGGCCAAGCCUGGAGUCUCUGUGCUCAGCCUGUGUGAGAAAGGAGACGCCUUCAUCACUGCCGAAACGAGCAAGGUGUUUAAAAAGGAGAAGGAGAUCAAGAAAGGUAUUGCCUUCCCCACGUGCGUGUCCGUCAACAACUGCGUGUGCCACUUCUCUCCCCUGAAGAGUGACCCUGACUACACACUGCAGGAUGGUGACUUGGUUAAAAUUGAUCUCGGAGUUCACGUGGAUGGCUUCAUCUCCAACAUAGCUCACAGCCUCGUGGUUGGAGCAACCAAGGAGGCGCCAGUGACGGGCCGGAAGGCAGAUGUGAUCAAGGCCGCCUACCUUUGUGCUGAAGCAGCUCUGCGGCUUGUUAAGCCUGGAAACCAGAACACUCAGGUCACUGAAGCCUGGAAUAAGAUCGCAGAGUCCUUCAAGUGCACACCCAUAGAAGGAAUGCUGUCCCAUCAGCUGAAGCAGCACAUCAUUGAUGGUGAGAAGACCAUCAUUCAGAACCCUACAGAUCAGCAGAGGAAGGAUCAUGAGAAAGCUGAGUUUGAGGUGCAUGAAGUGUACGCUGUGGAUGUGCUGAUCAGCACAGGAGAGGGCAAGGCUAAAGACUCAGGACAGAGGACCACCGUUUACAAGCGAGACCCGAGCAAGCAGUACGGGUUGAAGAUGAAGACCUCGAGGGCAUUUUUCAGCGAGGUGGAGAAGCGCUACGACACCAUGCCUUUCACUCUCAGGGCGUUUGAGGAUGAGAGCAAGGCUCGGCUGGGUGUUGUGGAGUGUGCCAAACACGAGCUGCUGCAGCCUUUCACCGUCCUGCAUGAGAAGGAUGGCGAGUAUGUGGCACAGUUUAAAUUCACCGUGAUGCUGAUGGCAAACGGACCCCUGAGAAUCACCAGCAGUUCCUUCGAGCCGGAGCUCUACAAGUCCGAACAUGAAGUGCAGGAUCCUGAGCUCAAGGCUUUGUUGCAAAGCUCAGUCAGCCGGAAGGCCCAAAAGAAGAAGAAAAAGAAGGCCUCCAAGACAGCAGAGAACGCCACAGGACAACCUAUGGAGGUGGAGACGGAGAAUGCCAAGUAGAAAAACACCUCCCCUGCCCCCUACUGCCAAUAAUACUGACCAACGGAGAAUAGAAAAGUCCCAACAUGCCCCACUGAGAAGCCUCCUGCCUAGCCUUCUAUCAGCCUGUAACUCUGUACGACAGCUAUGAAGUCCCACACAUCAGUUUUGAGUUCCCACAGCUCGUGUAGUCUGGUGACACUGACUACUCUACAGGAGGUUACAGAUGGGGAAGUGCUGCAUACCAUCUGACUGCCUUUAUAUACAGGGGUGCAUGUUGAGUGGGGUUGCCCCUCAUAAUAAUAAUAAUAAUAUUUUUCUUAUUAAACUGUCAUUGUAAAACCAAUCUCAGAAAAUAAAAGCAAAGUGGCGGCACCAGCGAAGUAUCAUUACUCCAGUGUGCCCAUUCUUCCAAACCUGAGUGACUGCUCGAUUGACGUAGCUUUUGUAGACUUGUAGCUGCUCAAACUUUUAAUGACAAUGAUGGAGUUAGCACUAUAACCAGAACUGACUUUAUUUUGUAUUCCCCCCACACCCCCUGAACACAGAAAUCUAGAAAGCUGUUGUGUAAUUCUUAUAGCUGACCUGUGUGUCUGGCCCUAAGAGUUAAACGAUACUGUCAUUCUUUUAUAACGUCCAAAACAAUAAAUGACCUUGGCCAAAUAUAGUAACCAUAGUCUGAUUUCUAACUGCCUGUACUUUUUAGCUUCCUGCAUGAACUUAAGAUUGCUCAGGAAUUUUGGGCUUUAUCUUUUGCAUAUUGUUAUUGUAUAUUUUACAACUGGAAUAGUUUUGUUUAAAAGCGUACUAGUACAGGUAGCUGGGGGGAAAAAAACAAAUCUACCUAAAUUGGAUCUCUGUGUCAUUUUAGAUUGAAAGAUUUGAUGACUAGUUUGUAAAACAGCUUCUUCACAUCUUCCUGGUUUUAUUAUACACAUGUACCACAUUAUUGAAAUGAUAUACUAACAUCCAAGUCCUGUAGUGCUCAUUACAGUGGAUAUAAUAAAUCUAUGGUCAUGUUAAUCAAAAUUUAAAUAGCUUUAUACUUUUACUUUCUUUUUUUUGUCUUCUAAAGUUGUAUGAAAAUGUUUGGGCUACUGACCAGAUUACGUAUUUUAUUCGUUUUAGAAGUGAAAAGAAGUAAACACAACCACUGCUUUGGAAAAGAAAAA